UCACGAGAAUUCCUUUGUGUCGUCUGCUAUUUGCUAAGGAAGUUGGUGUGGUUUAGUAGUCUGAAUACAAUAUGACGGUGAAGUUAACGUUGCAAGUUAUUUCUUUGACAGGUGUUGGAGUCGGAGGUUGGUUUAGUGGAAUAUUGACAGAGAGGUGGAAACAAAGACAAACUACAUGCGAAUGUCAAUGUAUUAACGAAAACACUGAGGAUGAUUUAUUGUGUAAAAUAAAAAGAAUGCCUGGUCUACCAAUUUUUGGAACAGUAUCGGCUGCUUCUCCAGAAAACAAACUUUCAGUUCUGGAAAAUGAUUUUGUUUCACGUGAAUCGUCUCCUGUUCCACGUAAACCCAGCAGAGUAUCGCAGAUAAUGAAAUAUGGUUUCCCAGGCAUUGAUACUGUAAGAUCAUUUGAUGAUUAUGUGCUUUCAUAUGAUCGUAGAAACAGAGUGCCACAUUGGGUUUUUGAACACCUUACAAAAGAGACCUUGGUAUACAAUGAAUUUGUUGAUCGGUCGAAAUGUGAAUUUGCUGAGGAUACAUCAGUUCAUCCUUACUUCAGGUCUGUUAACUCAGAUUAUCGAGGAACUGGCUUUGACCGAGGUCAUAUGGCGGCUGCUGGUAAUCAUCGCGUUUGUCAGAAACAUGUGGAUCAGACAUUUUUUCUCUCUAAUAUAGCUCCCCAAGUUGGGGUUGGUUUCAACAGACAUUCUUGGAACAGACUGGAGAAAUAUGUCCGUAAGAUGACAAAAACAUACAAGAAUGUGUAUGUAUGCACAGGUCCUCUUUUUCUGCCCAGAAAAGAUACUGAUGGAAAAAUGUAUGUCAGAUACCAAGUUAUAGGAGCAAAUUCAGUUGCGGUGCCAACACAUUUUUUCAAAGUUGUAGUUGCAGAGACUGAUGAUUACAAGUUGGACAUGGAAGCUUACGUAAUGCCUAAUCAGGCUAUAGAUGACAACACACCUCUAACUGUAUUUCAAGUACCACCUGAAAGUAUCGAACGAUCUGCAGGUCUUCUAUUCUUUGAUCAGUUAUCUAAGGACAAAAUUAGAAAAAUAAAUGGCAGGAAAUCUACUAUGGUUUGAAAAGAAAACCAAAAUAGUGGUAUUCAAAAAGGAAGAUCGAAUAAAUCUUAUAAUUGGAUACUGUAUAGGGCCUACAGACAGA